UAUAGUUUUAUUGCCUACCUGUGUUGCUCCACCAUUUGUGCUCAAAUAAUUGUUGCGUAAUUGUUCUUCACUCAUAUGACAUGGCAACAAUGCAUACGGACAGGAAUUACAUGUCUGACAGUGACAGCACUCUUUACUUGCUAAAUGAUGUGGAAAUACAAUUUAAUGUUUACAAUGUAGCAAUUAGUAUGUGUAUCUCCAAGAGGUCAGUCAAAAUUCAAGUUUCAGGCUAACCUGAAUUAGAGGAAGAAGCCAGGCAAGACACCUAAGUGUCACAUUUGCCACCCCAUAGUGAAAUGUAUAAUAGUAAAACCGUCCAAUUAGAACACGUGGCUGAAGUAACUGCAGCACCAUAUAGGUGCAUGCCCCCCUCUCUAGGAUCAGUUGUAAAGCAAAGCAGAAUGACCCAGACAGCACUCGGGCUAGAGUGGAGAAAUUAGUUGACCCCAGAGGAAGUGUGUGUAAAGGUCGAGCACCAUGGAGGAACUCGCCCGGGAGAGCAUCAGUCUGCUGGCUCGGUCUGCGUCCCAUUCAGAUCCCCCGCGGCUGGGAUCCUUCGGCGCCGUGUUCAUCAUGCUCAAGUCUGCGCUCGGAGCUGGACUACUAAACUUCCCCUGGGCCUUCCAGAAGGCCGGGGGAGUGACUACUGCUGUUAGCGUGGAGCUGGUAUCUCUGGUGUUCCUUAUCAGCGGACUGGUCAUCCUUGGCUACGCCUCAUCCGUCAGCAGACAAAAAACAUACCAGGAUGUGGUGCGAGAAGUGUGUGGACGAGCAAUCGGUCAGCUGUGUGAAGUCUGUUUCUGCUUCAACCUCUUCAUGAUAUGUGUCGCCUUUCUGGUGGUGGUGCAGGACCAGCUGGAGAAAUUGUGUAUUUCUUUGUAUGAGACGGUGACAGGGUCAGGUGAAGGGGAAAUUCCAUAUCACUGGUACACAGACCAGCGCUUCGCCCUCUUCGUCAUGUGUCUCGUUAUCAUCCUGCCGCUGUCCAUCCCGAAAGAAAUUGGCAUUCAGAAAUACACAAGUGUGCUGGGGACAUUGGCUGCGACCUAUUUGUGCGUGGCGUUGAUUGUUAAAUACUACCUGAUGGAAAAUCACACGGCCAUUCUAACACCACUGCACACUCAAGGUGUGGGUUCGUGGGCGUCCAUGUUCAGUGUUGUGCCGACUAUCUGCUUUGGUUUCCAGUGUCACGAGGCCUGUAUAGCAAUCUACAGCAGCAUGGAGAACCAGAAACUGACACAUUGGGUGGUCAUCUCUGUCAUCUCCAUGCUCUUCUGUUUACUCAUCUACACACUCACAGGAGUUUAUGGCUUCAUGACAUUUGGUCGAGAAGUCGCUUCUGAUAUCUUGAUGUCAUAUCCAGGGAAUGAUGUUGUCAUGAUCAUUUCCAGACUGCUUUUUGGAAUAUCAAUCAUUACAAUUUACCCAAUUAUUCUUCUUCUCGGAAGGUCAGUCAUCCUGAACCUGAUGGUGCGAAUCCAAAGGCGUCGUCUGGGAAUCGUCACGAGCUCAUUUGAGAGUCGCUGUCGAACGCUCCUCACUGUUAUCUGGAUCACAAUUACUCUUCUCAUCGCCAUGUUUGUCCCGGACAUGGGCGAGGUCAUCAGCGUCAUCGGAGGAAUCAGUGCCUUCUUCAUCUUUAUUUUUCCUGGUCUUUGCUUGGUGUUCAUCAUGCAAAAUGAACCUGUGAGUCCGAGAGUCAGAGUGGUUUUAACAGUUUGGGGAAUCAUAACCAUUGUUGUCGGAGCCUUCAUCUUUGGACAGAGUACGACUAUUGCUGUCAUGGAGCUUCUUGCCAAAUUUUGACUGCCUCAUCUUGGUGCUCCACUGUGACUCCUGGGCGAUUGGUGGGACCCCCCUUUUGCACAAGCGAACUUAUGUCAUUUUUAAAAAUUAUUAUUAUUAUUAUUAUUAUUAUAAACGCAUGUGUGUGAUUCAGUUAAGGCUUUAUUGUAUAUUUGGAGUGUUUUGUGAUGCAAUUUAAAUGGGUCCAAGUUAAACAAUAUAAGAUAAGCCUCUCGUUGUAUGCAAUUGUAUAUACAUACAGUUUGAAAAUAAUUAUAAAAUGAUAAUGUGAAAAUACAAUGUCUUCUGUACGGUAAUCUCCAACUCACCAAAUGUUUUCAUCUUGGAGCUGACAGGGGGCAGUAUUGCCUCUUUUAAGCAUUAUAUCAGAGAACAGAACAUCUUUCAUAUGUUGUAGUGCAAAUUGCAGUCCACAUCUCUUUUCAUGGGACAAGUUUUUGCCAUUAGAAUGUUUGCCUCUCUCAACUGGUGACUGAUGAUUUUCCUUCAAGUGGACAAAUGAUAAAUCAUUUCUGCACUAAUUUUAAUCUGUAACUGUCACCUUUCAAGACGAAUGGUUGUGGCCCCUGACUUGAGUUAUGGUAGUGCACAUGCAUACUCCAUGUGCAGGACUGUUUUGAAAAGAACUGGAGUAAAGUAGGAUUAUCGUAAAUGUGCUGCCAUGCCUUUGAGUAUGAGCAUUAACUGAGCACAUGGCAAAGAAAGACAAGAUCUCUCCCUCUGGGUGCAUAUAC